AAAGACGUAAUUGUCCGUGAGCUAUCGAAUUGAAAACAUUUCUGCCCGAAAAGCCAAAACACACAAGUUUACUACAAGGAGUCGCUGCCGAAGUUUGAUCAUCCAAGAGUGCAUCGGAGAGUGAAUUGGUGUUGAAAUUUUGGUGUAAUUCAAUCGUCGAUUCGUGCUAUUUAAUUCCAUUAUGGCCACGUCAUUUGCAAACUUUUCGUUCGAUCGACUAUCGCAACAAAUGGGUGCAAAAUUGGAUCCAAAUCUGCGCCAACAUUUGUCCAAGGUGUACGGAUGUUUAGCUGCAACUUGCAGUAUGGCCACCGUUGGGUCGUUGAUCCACCUGUCGGGCAUUUGGGAGGCGGGUUUGCUGAGCGCCUUCGCCUCGCUUGGACUCAUCCUUGGGAUGGUUUUCACACCAGACAAUGGCAAAAAUUUGGUUACGCGCUUCAGCAUGCUGAUGGGAAUUGGACUCUUCACCGGCCAUUCGUUGGGAUUGCUGCUCGAGCAGGUUAUUUACAUGAAUCCGGCCAUCGUCGUAACGGCGCUUAUCGGCACAACGACCAUCUUUACCUGCCUAACAGCGUCCGCGUUCUUCGCUAAGCGCGGCAAAUACCUGUACCUCGGCGGCAUUCUUAUGAGCGCCCUCAGCACGAUGGCUCUCAUCAACCUUGGAAACCUAUUCUUCCGCUCGUACAUCGUGCAAGACAUUUCCCUCUACCUCGGACUGAUCGUGAUGGCUGGCUUUGUUCUGUUCGAUACGCAAAUGAUUAUGGAAAAGCAUCACAUGGGUAACAAAGACUUCAUCGGACAUUCCCUGGACCUGUUCUACGAUGUGAUCAGCAUUUUCCGCCGUCUGCUGGUUAUACUUGCCCAGCGUGAGGAUAACAAUGAGCGCAGGAAGCGAAAGAACUAAAAACCACCAAUCAUCGAAGCCCCGAUAGAACAUGGUCCACAACCUACUUUCUCGCCUAAGUUAUAUGGGCCAGUUAAUUUGUAUAUCUUGCACUGCCUUGCCAAAAAAGUGACAGGCAGCUGUGGGGAUAUGAUUGUUGUGUAAUUGUUUGGCUUUAAAUUAAUUGAUGCUUCGUUUAAGCUUUCGCAAUAUAAUUUUGGUAAAUUGAAUGCAAACAGUAAUUUAAUAAGACGGAAUUGAGCGAUAUUGAUGUAGUUUUGAGAUCAACAUAAGCUUUAACCUUGAAUUUUUUUGGUUUGGUGAUCACAUGGAUCAAUUAAAAAUGUGUUAAACAGAAAGAUGAGUUCUUAUGAAACGGUGAAGCUAUAUUACGUACACGUUUUAGCAACAAUACAUACCCGUAAAAUUCACAUACUCAUUCGUUAGUGUGGCAAAAGAGUUAUUGUUGGUGAAUAUUGUUGGUGCACUUUUCAGCUGAUUUACUUUUGGGCAAAGUUCAUCUCCAUCAGUCAUUGUGCGACCUGGUACGGUAUUUACCAAUGUUUGCGUGCACCAUCCUUUUCAAUCACGGCUCUUUGGAGAUGCAGUCAAAGUCAGCAUUGUUUCCCACCUUUUCAAUGGCGUCAGGGAUCCAAAUAAUUAGGGAACGUGCUCAAGGUGUGGAGUAUUUGUAACUUUUCAAGGGCAAACUUACUGGUGGAAGAGUUCGUAUAUUCCAAUCAGUGUUGGAUCAUAAUAGAUGUAAGUUAAUGUUGUUCGAUGGAAUCCACUCAUGGAUUAAUAAAAUAUUUUA